AUGGCAGCGUCUACUGAAAAAUCGGAGCCUUCGAAUACAACAGGACCAGGCAUCAGCAAGAAACGUGUCCGACUUGUCGACGCAUUGGAUGCACCUGUUGAUGUCUCACAACAUCCCACCGUGACACCAGCCGCAGGUCGAAGGACGGCUGUGUCCGAAAUGGACGCCACGCUACAGGCGGCCCAAAAUAGAGCAUCUCCUAAGGAAUCGACCCAUUUAGUUCUACCAGAAGUUAGCCACCCACGAGCCGAUAAGGAACAGUCCGGCGAUGGACUGAAACAGAACGAAUCCUCACCCAAACCAAAGGCAUCGCAAACUGGAACUCUAGUCAGACGUUGGACUAAGGACCUCGUCUACCCGCAACCGGGGCGGAGAGCUGCAGUAGUCCCAUUCGAAGAUCUAAGACGACUCAAUGAUGAUGAAUUUCUGAACGAUAAUCUGAUUUCAUUUUUCAUGAGGUAUCUGGAAACCCACAUGGAGAAGAGCAAACCCGAACUCUACAAGAGGAUCCAUUUCUUCAACACCUAUUUCUAUGAGGCCCUGUCCAAGACGAAGGGUAGGAAGAGCGGCAUCAAUUAUGAUGCUGUCAGUCGAUGGACCAAAAAUAUCAACCUCUUCAGCCGCGACUUUAUAGUUGUGCCAGUCAACGAGAAUUUUCACUGGUAUCUCGCCAUAAUCUGUAACCUACCGUACUUUCUCGGAGACCGGAAAGCAAAGAGCGGAUGGUCCGAGGAACUGCAAUCGAGCGACCAGCAGAGUGAGGAGGGAGAGCGCCGGGUUGAACUGCCGACCGACGAGACCCAGAGAACGCUGGCCGAACUGUCACUCAGUGAUGACGAGGAAAAUAGCCAAGACCGAACCACGAAAAGACCUGGCCGACGGAAAUUGGUUCGCAGAUCACUGCCAAAGUAUGAGGUAACCAAACCUGUCAUUAUCACGUUGGAUUCUCUUGGACUCUCACGAGCAGCGACAUGUGCACUGCUCAAACAAUAUGUAGUAUUGGAGGCCCGGGACAAGCGAAAUAUGAACAUUGACGUGAGUGAACUAAGGGGAAUGACGGCCAAGGAAAUCCCUACUCAGAACAACUUCAGUGACUGUGGGCUUUAUCUGUGCGUGUACCUGGAACAAUUUGUCGCUGACCCGUACAAUUUUGUCCGCCGAAUCCUUCAGCGGGAAGAGAAUGCACAACAAUGGCCGCGCCGAAUUCACAGCGAGGACCUAAGGUCAAGACUGCUCGAAUUGAUCUUGGAAAUGCAUCGGCGGCAAGAAAAGCAACCCUCGGAGAUGGAGGAGCCGUCUAUUGGAAGCAUCUUGAUCAAUAAACAAGAGGUCUCUCGCUCGCCGCCGCUAACUCAAGGUUCACUCACAAGGCAAAACAUUCAAGAAGCGCAGAAGAGGUUCGAAGGCGUGGUACGCAGUCAUCCGUCUGGCUCAGGGGAUGAUUUUGAGAGUGUAUCUCCAGAUGCUGAAGUGAGAUCUAUGAAGACAAAGAAUACCGUGGCAGAGAGUUCAGAGACUCGAGGUUCUGUGAACGAGGACGGGAAUGGCGGGGCCUACGAACAGAUGUCACCAGCACCAGCUGUGCCCACGUGGGACACCAGACUUACCCGGAAGUCACGCACCGAACCCUCUCGUCUGCAGGCACAAGUCCGUGCGUCUCCUCCACCACGAGAUGUUCGCCCUGCACUAAACAAGAAUUCCGUCUCGCAUAUGACAGUCACGAAACAGGCGGCAGAAAUUGACCCCGAAAAUGCUGGACCCUACGCGAACAAAAGACGGAAGCUAAAUGAUGAAGAUGACUUUGACGUAAGAAGGUCGAGAUCGCCGAGUCGGACAAGUGAGUUGACAGAUUACCUUUCCGGGGCUGCUGGGGUCAGAACUUAUCUCUAUGGGAUAGACGAGUACCCUGCACGGGACGAGAACAGAGAGUGGAAGAGUCCUAGUCAUGAACCAGAAGUCAUCGCUGAGAGGAAAGUUGUGCCCAACACAGAAACAUCCCUUUUAGGCAAGCGGAAGAAGCCAGCUGCAAAAGCGACAGCUCCCAAUACUGCAUCCGAGUACAAGGAAUUUGUCGGGUUGGAGUCGAGGAGGGGAACGCCAUUAUCGCCUGCCUAUAGGGAGGCCGGGGCCGGUCGAGCACGGGCGAGAAUGGGAAGGUAUGAUGGCGGCGAGGAUGGCGAGAUGCUCCUCAAGAUGUGA